AUGGAAUCAUUUAAACAAUUAAAUAUAUCUCUUUUGCAAUAAACAAAAACUGGAAAUAAUGAUCCUAGUUGCUUAGAUAUGAAAAAUGGAAAGGAUUAUUUAGUUUUAGAUUUUGAUAUUUCAACAGAUGAUGAAUUAAUAUCUGGUUACGUUUUGAUAGUUAUUUUAUUUUUCUUGCUUAUUUUUCAGGGGAUAAUAGUGAGAAAAACAGCAUAGUGCAUGAGAAACAAAUAAAGCAGUUUAAAAUACUUAUUAAUAGUCUAGAUUACAAGCAUUUUAACUAUUUUGUGCUAAUUUAUAUCUUUGCUCCUGUUAACAAGCUAUUUUUUCUACAUUAAGAGUAACUCGUCAGACUUUAAUCAAUAAAAUUUCAGAUAAAGUAGUUUAUUCGGAGUUUUAACUGCUUAUGAUGUUAUUUAAACUCUUAGUGUUCUUCUAUAUUUACUGACUUUCUUCUUGGCUCUUUAUAAAUGGUUAGAAAUAUUAAAAAUCACAUCAGGAACAAAGUCGAAUAUAAAAAUUUUAAGAUUUAUUAUGUAUGUCAUCUUCAUUCCUGCAUUUAUCCUAAUGACUGUUAACAUAAUCUUAAUUUCUGUUAAUCAGCAGCUCUAGUUAGACCAUUAUUUCAUAUCUGGCUGUGUUUUAUUAUCUGGUGGCUAUACAGUUUAUGUAACUUAUCACUUAUCUAAAAACAUCGAAUACAUCUAUGAGAUCGACUAUUCAUUUAAGAAAAGAGUUAAAUAACAAUUAUAUGUCCUUAUUUUCACUUGUUUGCUUAGAGGUAUUUUUAAUCUAACUCUCAUGGUUGUUGACAUAAAAUGCUAUAAAUUUGAUGGACCUGAUGACAGACUGCAGAAUCCAAAUAUUGGAUGGUCUAUUGUCCUUCCUUUCUUGGUAUUAGCAAAUAAUAGUGCAGCUAUUGUCUUUUCAAUUCUAUUUUCUCCUGGAAAAAAAUUCAGAUAAAAUUUAUCGCAUGAUAAUUAUCACUCACUAAGUGAUGAUAAUUGA